AUGGCGGCAACCACUCGCUCCGAACGACCAGUCCUCCGCCACAGCUCCCUGUCGGGCGGCUCCUUCAUCCAAGACCACCAGCAGUACAAGCCUACGCCCCCCAUCACCCAGAAUAUCACCGACGUGCUGCUCGCGGCGGGCGACACCGACAACAAUGACCUCAGCAGCAAAACCCCGCUCCACUUCAACGCGAACCCUAUCAGCGCAGACCCUGAGAAGGUGACCGAGAGCGGCAUCGUGCACAGCAUCUUCCCCAGGUCCCCCAAUCCGCUUCCUGCAGGAACCCCGAAACUCGUCGCCACCAUCUUCUACAAGUCCGCCCCUCCUCACUACUCAGAUGCCACCAGCCUAGCGGUCGACGGCCGAUUACCCUCUCCGACCAUCCCCAUGGGUUCUGCGCCGACCAUGGAUAUGGAGAAGCUUCCACGGGAACCCCCAGCCCCAGAGCCCGAGCAACUGGAUCACCUGUAUGGUCCAUUCGUGUCGCAAUUAUGCCUGACUCAUUUCCUGCAAAUCGUGGAAAGCCUGCAUACGCCGUACCAGCGGAUGAACACAUCGCAUCGGUGUCUGGAUCAAGAAGAGCAACCCCGCGUGGUGGAAGUCACCAUUUCACCGCUACCCAACCCGGAUUAUUUGUCAUUUGAUGACCUGCGCAAGCAUGAGAGCAUCUGGCGGUUUGAGAGGGAAUGGAAUGUCGAGGUCGUGCUGCAAAAACAGAGUGUUUUCAGGCAAUACAAGCGCCUGGCUAUUUUUGAUAUGGAUAGUACGCUGAUUCAGAAUGAGACAAUUGACGAAAUCGCCAAGUUUGUUGGUGUUGAGAAAGAAGUCUCGGAAAUCACUGCACGUGCCAUGAAUGGCGAGCUCGACUUCACCGCGUCUUUGAAAGCUCGUGUCAGUUUAUUGAAGGGUGUCCCUGCGGAUGUAUGGGACAAACUCAAAACCAUUGUCACCAUCUCUCCGGGAGCCCGAGAAUUAUGCAGGUCAUUAAAAGUCUUGGGCUACAAGAUGGCCGUCCUCAGCGGCGGCUUCCAACCUCUCGCCGAGUGGCUUGCAGGCGAGCUUGGCAUUGACUAUGCAUUUGCCAACCAUCUCGAAGUGGACGAAAAAACACAAACCCUAACCGGAAACCUAGUCCCAUCCUUCCCCAUCAUCGACGCGGCCCAGAAACGCUCGCUUCUCCGGACUAUCGCAGCCAAAAACAACAUCCCCAUCAAGCAAACAAUCGCCAUUGGUGAUGGCGCCAAUGAUCUGCCCAUGUUACACGAAGCCGGUCUCGGAGUGGCAUGGUGCGCGAAGAGUAAAGUGCAGUUAGAGGCGCCGACGCGGUUGAAUGGGGAGAGUCUGACAGAUAUUCUGUACCUCCUCGGGCUCGGCGAUGAAGAGAUCAAAGAAUUGGAUUCAGUGGCGAUUUGA